AUGGACAUUAAAGAAAUGAUUCAACAAAACGAAAAUGGUCUCUUCUCACCUACAUGUUGUAUCUAUAGGGUGCCUCAUACAAUUCGUCAUUUAAAAGAAGAGGCUUACAUUCCAAAAGCUGUUUCUAUUGGUCCAAUUCAUUAUGGUGAUGUGAGGUUGUUUGACAUGGAAACUCACAAGCAAAUCUUGUUCAAAAGAUUCACACAACAGGCUAUGACAAGUUUGAAUGAUUUGGUUAGUUAUGUAAGACAUUUAGAGCCAAAAGUUCGUGCUUCUUACUCGGAAAACAUCAAACUUUCUAGGAAGGAACUUGUGAAACUCAUGUUAGUGGAUGCUGGUUUCAUAAUUGAACUCUUCAAGGGCUUCUAUGAAGAUCAUGUGAUGCGUAAUGAUGCUAAGCUGUCACAGCCAUGGCUGAGGGUUGCUGUAAGGAUGGAUUUGCUUUUACUUGAGAAUCAACUUCCAUUUUUCUUCCUAGAAGAUCUAUAUGAGAAAGCAUUCCCUGUGAAUCUUUGUGAUAACAUCCGACCAUUUCUUGAGCUCACAUAUAACUUCUUUGAAUACUUUAACUUGCAAAAGUUAAAGCCUAAUUCUAAUGUUAAGAUUAAGCACUUCACAGAUCUUAUUAGAUUCUUUCACUUACCAAGAACAGGACCUACAACGUCAAGGCAUUCAUCUCUAGAGGCUAGAGACCAUAUUCUUUUAUAUACUGCAAGUGACUUACAAGAAGCUGGAGUGCAAUUAAAGGCAAGCAAAAGCAGGUGUUUACUUGACUUGAAAAUUUCUAGGUGUGUUCUUGAAGUCCCAGAGAUCUUGGUGGAAGAUAAAACCGAAAUUUUGUUUCGUAAUAUGAUAGCUUUAGAACAGUGUCAUUAUCCUUAUGCUUCAUACAUUGCUGACUAUGUCAUUAUGUUGGAUUGCCUGAUCAGCACAAGUAAAGAUGUGAAUAUCCUUAUUCACAGGAAAAUAAUACGCAACUAUUUAGGUGAUGCUAAUAAUGUAGCUGCCCUAGUUAAUGGCCUAUGGAAAGAUGCCAUUGUAAUGGAUUUCAGUUCUGACUACCUUGAUAUUUGCAAAAGGUUGAAUAGGAUUUGUCAAAAUCCUUGGCACAAGUGGAAGGCAAAUUUGAGAAGGGAUUAUUGCAGCACGCCGUGGCAAGUUGCUAUCUCAGUAACUGGAAUUUUGCUCCUCAUUCUAUCUAUUAUUCAAACCAUAUUUUCUGUCCUCCAAGUAGUUUCUGUUGAGAAGAUUUGA